AUGAGUUCAGCAUCUCAACACCACAACUUUUUUCUCCUUCUCCUGCCUCGCGCCAACGUUGAUCCGCAAAUAACAGGUUGUUCAGCUGAUGCAGUAUGAAUGAAACAAUUUGAAAAAGCAUCAAGGAUCGUCGUCGAAGAAACAUGCAAUUUGCAUGGGAAUGGCUGGCGGACGGACCGGUGGCUGGCUUGGCCACAUGCGGCGUCGCUUCAAUGGGAUGUUGAGCCGUCUAAAUGGGAAAAGCCGCCUCGGGCAGUUUAGCGCCUCCUCUCAGCAAGGUAUAUAUAUUCGAGGAUUGGUUGCCAUCAAUCAGAAGCUUCAGCUCGGCUUUCCUCAAACUUCUCUCAAAUGUUCGCUCAGAACUUCGCCCCGAUCGUGAGUUUUUUUUUUCUGGAAACUAGAAGUUUUUAAGUUUUUGAGCUUUGAUGGUCAUUCUUCUUUAAGAUUAUUUUUGACUUUCUGAGCCACCCAAGCGUUUCGAAGCGAGGAGACUGGGAAAUGUUUCUUUUCUUUUUUAAAGUUCUAUCGCGAAGACGAACGUGAGCCUAUGAAAUGUUUGAAAAAGGCCUUAUCUGGAAUUUGAGUCAGGAGGCUUUCUGAAAGUCAUGAAAACGCUAUUCGAAAUAUUCUGUUUUUUUUUCGAAUUUCGACGUUUUAAUGACAAACAUGCUUAUUAUCCUAUUGAAUUUUCCUCUAUCUCGUUCCCCUUGUUAGAUUUUUAUUUCAAAAUUGCAUUUCGCAGCUCGUCCUCGUCUGCUUCUUGAUGAUGACUGCUCAGACGUUCGCGUGCAUCGGCGGCGGUGGAAGCUGCUGUGGAACUCCUGGCUGCACCAGCCCCUGCGGCAAAUAA